AUGCAUAAGGAUAUUAUCCAAGCCUAUCUGCAUAGAAAGUUCGGCAACAGAGAAAUGUCAGUGUCAUCCAUUACACCAUCACAGAGGAUGAACAAAACCAAGCACAGGCUGUGGAUCUUGUUUAAUUUGGAUGGGAGCAUAAUCACAGCAUUUUGUAUGUGUACUGCUGGCCAUAGUCAGUGUUGUAACCAUGUUGGAGCUGCAUUGUACAAAAUCGAAUAUGCCAAUGAAAAGGAAUCACUGACCCUGCUUGUACUGAUGAAGCCUGCCCAUGGAAUACUGCUGCAAAAAAAGGUCACCCCCUUGAAAGUAAAGGACAUGCACUUAGUUAUGCACAAAAGGGGAAAAUCUGAAAAGCAAAAGAAGUUUCUCAUGUGCAAAGAAAAGCAGGGGUUUGAUCCACGGCAUCAAGGUGCUCAGGAGGUGAUCGCGGAAGAUAUAGCUGCCUUUUUUGCAAAUAUUAAACAAGUUUUACCAACAGCUGUUGUAAACCACACAUUUGCACAUGCACCUGAGAAAGAUGUGCCCCCAUCAUUGUUGGAGAUUGUCUCAAAUAUAGUAAAAAAUUCAACAAAGGAUCCAGAUCAAAUAUUGGAGACAUUUUUAGCAAAGCUUUCUUUCAAUGAUGAUCAGCUGAGAGAGCUUGAGAAAGUGACAAAGAGCCAAUCAAGUUCUAGAGAUUGGUACAAGCAAAGAAAAGGGCGGAUCACUGCAUCAAAAUUCCAUGAUGUGCAUUCAAAGAUGCAGGCCUUAUCAAGGAAGGGCAAGGCUUGCAGAGUAACCCUACUUAUUUUGGCCAUAGUGGAGCCAAAAAUUUUAUUGAGCGUCCCAUCUCUUGAAUUGGGCAAGCAAAAUGAAAAAAAUGCUGCAGAGGCUUUCAUGCAACAAGAAGGAAAGCAUCAUGAAAAUGCCAAAUUUAUUCCCUGUGGUUUAUAUUUGUACAAACCACACCCAUAUAUUGGUGCAACACCAGAUAACAUUUUCAGUGCAAAUGCUGUAGUCCAAGUCCAAGUCAAAUACAAAUGCCAAUUUACUAUAAAGGAAGAGGACAUUCAAACUUCUUGGAAUAAAAUUAACUUUUUGGUAAAAGUUUAUGAGACAAUUAAACUAAAAAGAAGCCACAAGUAUUCAGAUCACAGGGCAAAUGGCAGUGAAUGGACUAAGGCAGACAUACUUCAUUGUAUACACAAAGAAAAGUAUUUUUGA